AUGGCUUUAUCACUAAUAUCAUUCAUGCAGCAGCGUUGUAACACUGUUAAUUUCUUUAUGCGACAAAAAAGCAUUCAUAAGAUUCAACAAAACCCUUUAUUUCACUCAAGUGAUAAGUUAUUCGAUAUUGUAGGUUCAAGUGCUGAACUAUGGAAGACGGUGACAAGUGUCAGCAAAGCUGGUCAAAAAAAAGGACGUUUGCGAACACGACAGCCUAUCAGACCACUUCAUAAGUUUUUUAGGAUUGGUGCAGGUCCCAUUCGAGUUAGUAUCCCUGGCUUAAAUGCGCCUUUACACCAAAAAGAAAUGGAAUUGAUUGAGCCUACCGAAGAUUAUGUCAAUGAAGUUCAAGAAAAAUUUAUUACUGCAAUAAAAGAGAAAUCGACUAAACUAGGUAGGAGAAUUAAUAAAGAAAAGAUUCAUUCUCUUCUACGAGGUUUUUCGGGAACGAAGGUUGCUGGACAAAAAUUAGGUCCUCCGCCACCAAUAGGCGAUGUUACUUUCGACGGUUUCGAUUCGUGCUGUCUCGUGCUCAAAAGAACCAUAAAUAUGACAACUCGUGGAAGAAAAUUUACUAUGAAUGCUCUCGUUAUCACUGGAAAUGGUAAAGGGCUUGUCGGUUAUGCCGUAGCAAAAUCUAACAUAUUUCGUCCAAUGGCUGCAGUAGCUACUGCAUUAAAAGCAGCUUCUCGGAAACUUUUUCAUGUAGAAUUGCUUGAAGAUCGUACAAUUUAUCAGGAUUUUUAUGCCGAGUGUAGAAAUACCCGAAUAUUUGCUCAGAGAUGUCCUCCCGGUCACGGGCUGCAUUGUCAUCCUAGAUUAAUAAAGAUAUGCGAAUUAGUCGGUAUAAAGGAUUUGUAUGCCAAGGUAGAGGGAUCCACGACGAACUACCUUGCCUUGACACAUGCUUUUCUUACAGGUUUACUGAAUCAAGAAACUCAUGAAGAAUUAGCAGAAAGGAAGGGUCUGCAUGUCGUUAAAUUAUCUCCGCAUCACCAUUAUCUUCCAGAAAUCGUUGCAUCACCUAAAUAUUCACAGUUAAAAAAAGAAGAUGAAAUUACUCCAAAAGAAGUCAGAGUUUAUCAGUGUUUCACACGGUUGAAACUUGAUGAUUUUUAUGGAGAAGGACGUUAUCCAUUGAAAAAACCUCCCAAAAAACCAUUUUAUAUCAACACUCCAGGCCAUCUUGAAGCAGAAUGGCGAAAGCAUCCGUUUCGUAAUCACGAAAAUGCAGCCAUAAGGCUAAUGGCCGAUGGUCUCAUCUCUCGAUGGACACGAGAAGAGAGAAAUAAUUGGGGAGUGAAACGUCAUGAAAUGGUCAUGAAAGGUUUGUUACCGGUAGCGCAAGGUAUUGGCUUAAGCGACGUCAGGCGUGAUCCAGAUUGA